CUUAAACAGCACAACUUAGUAUUCGCAUCGUUGUAUCCCCAACAAAGAGAUAUGUCCAAGUUCGGUGUGAAAAAAUUACUCGUGACACUCGCCUCUAUUUCGGGAGUUGGAAAGCCGAGUGUUGCCCACAUCCUGAUCGUGGUAUUUCUGGAAUAUUUCGCCUGGGGACUGCUAACCAUGCCCAUGAUAGCCACUCUGAAGGAAACCUUUCCGGAUCGCACUUUCCUGAUGAACGGUUUGGUCAUGGGCGUCAAGGGAAUACUCUCGUUUCUAUCGGCACCUCUGAUCGGAGCUCUAUCCGAUAUCUAUGGACGAAAGAUGUUGCUGCUGAUCACAGUGAUAUUUACCUGCCUUCCGAUCCCCGUGAUGACGAUCAAUAACUUGUGGUUCUUUGUGAUCAGUUCGAUUAGUGGAGUUUUGGGUGUAAGCUUCUCUGUUGUCUUUGCCUAUGUGGCGGAUGUUACGACAAAGGAAGAGCGUUCCAGAUCUUAUGGACUGAUAUCGGCCACCUUUGCCGCCAGUUUGGUGAUUGCCCCGGCUUUGGGUAACCUUAUAAUGGAUCUUUAUGGAAUUAAUACUGUGGUACUUAUAGCUACAAUGGUUUCUACAGCAAAUGUGAUGUUUGUGCUGUUGGCAGUUCCGGAAAGUUUGCCCAGAAAAGUGAGAUCCACCGGACUGAGCUGGAAACAAGCGGAUCCAUUUCUUUGCCUACUAAGAGUUAGCUCAGAUCCCAAUAUCCUGAUACUCUGCAUCGUGGUCUUUAUGUUCCUGCUCCCCGAAGCUGGUGAAUAUUCCAGUGUACCUGCAUAUCUUAAGCUAACAAUGGGAUUUGAUUAUGUGGAACUCUCUACUUUGGUAGCCUUUAUGGCCAUUUUAAGCAUAACUGCGAAUGUGACUUUGGGAUCUCUGGUAAAAACUAUAGGUGCCAAGAGAGCGAUAAUAUUGGGUCUAUUUCUGGAACUACUGCAAUUGAUCCUGUACGCCGUUGGAGUGGAAAAAUGGCAAAUGUGGCUGGCUGGAAAUGUGGCCGCCCUGAGUUCGAUUACUUUUCCUGCAGUAAGUGCCUACGUUUCGCUCUAUACGGAUGGUGAAAGUCAGGGAGCAGUUCAGGGAAUGAUUACCGGAAUGUCGGGAUUAUGCAAUGGCCUGGGACCCGCCGUAUUUGGUAUACUAUUCUAUAUCUCGGAUAUGGACUUGAGUGAGGAUCGGAUUCCAAUGGGGAGUAUUAAAAGAGAUCACACUGUUGCCGGUCCCUUUAUGUUUGGAGCCAUCUAUGUGUUUAUCGGCAUUCUAUUGGCCUCGUAUAUCCCAGAUGAAAAGGAGUCUAGGGGAAGGAAAGAGGAGUUCUCUGCCCUGAAGUAUAUCAUCGAAAUGGAAGACGAUAUUUAAUGAUUACUCUUAAAAUUUUUAAUAUUGUAAACAUUUUUUAUUUUAUUUUUUAUUUAAGUUAACCGAAAUAUAUAUGUUUUUGUAAUUUAGUG